AUCUCUCGUCACUCAAUCCAACCCUCGUCGGCUUCUUCCUCUCCCUAGCUAGCUCAUUCCAUCACGAUGAAGGUGACCGUGAAAUCGACGACCAUGGUCCAGCCAGCAGAACGCAUGCGACGGCACAGCCUCUGGCUAUCGAACUUAGACCUCCUGCAGCUGAGAAGCCAUGUCACAAGAGUGAUCUCCGCGUACAAUAAACCUGCUUCUUCUUCUUCCUCCGAGUCCUGCUUCUUCGAUACGAAAGUGGUGAAGGAGGCUCUGAGCAAGACCCUGGUGCCGUUCUAUCCCGUGGCGGGGAGGCUGAGGAGGAGAGACGGUAACGGCGGGAGGCUCGAGCUGGACUGCAACGACGAAGGGGUCCUGUUUCAGGAGGCGGAAUCGGAGGCUGUUCUUGCUGAGGUUAAGGAGCUACUGUUGAUGGCGGAUGGUCUGGAGUUCUCGCCCGGAGAAGAGGCAGAGCUGUUGGAGUUGUUUCCUAGGGUCGAUUAUUCCAAAGGGGUUUCUUCUUAUCCUCUGCUGAUUGUCCAGGUAACAAGGUUCAAGUGCGGCGGAAUAUGUCUCGGAAUCGGAAUCCACCAUGCUCUAGCCGAUGGGGAAUCAUCAGUGAGCUUCAUCAACACUUGGGCAGACAUGGCUCGGGGUUUACCCGUUGAGGCCACGCUGUUCUGGGACCGCACCAUUCUGAGAGCUCGACGGCCAGUAACCCCAGAGUUUCACCAUGUCGAGUACGAUCCUGACCCUACCAUGAUGAUCACCGACAACAACCCUCCGAAACCAGCCGCCACCGUCGCCAUACUAAAGAUCACAGCGGAGCAGCUCAACACCUUGAAGGACAGGGCCAUGGCCAGGUCCAGAUACAGCACCUACGAGAUCCUGACAUCGCACAUAUGGCGUUGCGCGAUCAAAGCACGCGGCUUGGUCAACGAACAACCGACCAAGCUGCAUAUAUCGCUUGAUGGCCGUUCAAGGCUGAGCCCUCCACUCCCUGCAGGGUACUUCGGCAACGUGAUCUUCCACGCCACGCCGGUCGCCCUCGCCGGAGAGCUCGCCUCCGAGCCACUGCCACGAACACUGGAGAGGAUCCAGCAGGCGCUGAGCAGGAUGGACGACGAGUACCUCCGAUCCGCCAUAGAUUACCUGGAAGAUCCCAACAACCCAGAAGGUAUCAUCCAAGUUCAAACCCACUGUCGGUCGCCGAACCUGUGGGUGGUGAGCUGGAUGCGGUUUCCGUUCAAGACUGCAGAUUUCGGAUGGGGAAGUUCGACUCUGUUUCAUGUGGCGGAUAUCAGCGAAGGAAUGGGGAUUCUGUUGCCGAGAAAUCCUGCCGACGGGAGCCUGUCGCUGGCGAUUUGCUUGGAAAGUGACGUGAUGGAGGGUUUCAAGAAGAUGUUCUAUGAGUUUGAUCCAUGA